AUGACCAAUCAUAUGUUAUCACUAUUCCAUCUUGACGGUGAGUGGAAGGACAUAACUUCUGAUAGACAUGAUGUUACUAUGCUUAAGUUCUUUGGUGAAGGUGAUGUUGAGCUCACCUCAUCUGAUUACUCAGUGAGUAUUGUUGAUCUAUCAUUUACUUAUCUAUUCAAUGAUGGAAUCAAUUGUAAGAAGGUGAAGUUAGGAGAUGAUGAGGUUUGGAAACAUACUGAUGAUGAUAAGUUUGCUGAGAUAAAGUCAUUUUCACUAGGUCUUUGUUCUAAGAGUUUCUUAGUUAAAAAUCAGCCAGGAAAAUCUGUAUCACAAAGUCAAUGA